AUGCAGACAGCGCCACCGACGCAGCAGCGACGCACCUUUUCGCGCGCGAACGGUGCCGAUGGCACAGCCGUUCCACGCUUGGUGGCGGCUGAGGAACGCCACCGCAAGAACCUGCACCAGAUCCAGCAAUUGAAGCAGGCGCUUUGCUCUACCGUUAGUGCCGCUGCUGCACCAUGCAUGUCUGCGCGGUCGUCGCGAGGCUGGUCCCUACCCUCGUCUACUCUCUCUGUGCCACCACCUUCCAACCCUUCCUGGAUGGCGUCCUCCUUCGAGAGCCCCAGCGGCGUUGUGCCCUCGCCAUCUCAGACAAGCGGGGCAACGGUGCCGGUGUCAAGCCGGCCGACGUGGACCCCCGCAUCAGCGGCCGCAUUGCGCGAGAGCCAUCAGGAGGUGGAACGACUCGUGCGGGAGCGCAACAAGCUGCAGCAACAGUGUGUAGAGUGGGCCAGUCUUCUUGGCGAGGGGUCCCCUCGCGCUGCAGAGAGCGCUGGCACGAGCGCGCCACUUGUGUCUCACUCUGGUGUCGAGGCUGGUGCCUGGUCCCCGGUGCACGAGGCGGCGCUCGCAGUUGUGAGGCAGGCAACGCACUGCUACCCCAGCGCACUACGCGAAGCGCGGAUCAAGUCGGAUUUAGUAGCGACAGAGGACACCAGCAAACCACAGUGUGCGAGAUCCUCACCGUCGUUCGCGUCACAUGAGGGUGAGGUGAGCGAGCCGCUGCUGCACGGCAAUGGCUGUUCACCGCUCACAACAGAGGAGCUGGCGGACGCGCUCCAUCGCCUGGCAGAGUUUCUGCCGCGCCUGGCUUCCACGGCGACUGCCAGCGAACUUGUGGCUUCUUCAGGGCCAGACCUGUUGCACCGCAUCCACACUCUCGAGGAGGAGAAGGAAAGUGACUGCCUCGUUGUGUUGUCCAUCACAGACCAUCUCACGGAAGUCGCAACACAGCUGCGACGAGAGGCUGCGGAGAAAGACGAGGCGCUACACGCAUUGCAGGAGACGGUGGAGGUGUUGAUGGAGGAGAAGUCGCAGUGGGCACGGCGCGCUCGGGAGAGUGAGGAGGCGUUGGCGGAGAGGUAUGAGCAGUACAGCCAAAGAGAGAAGGCCUGGGAAAUAGAAGUGACAGAGCUGCUGCACUCAAAGCAUAAUGCGGAAGCUUCCUCGGGGACAGCGACGGCGACGGAGAUGGGGGAGGGGCACAUCGCACAGCUACAGCAGGAGCUUGAAGCCAAGGGGGCUACCCUUUCGAUUUUGGAGGAGGAGCACCGUGCCCUGCAGGCCACGUACGCAGCGCUGCAAACUCACAGUCAGCAAGCGGAGGCUGCCCACCAAAAGCGCAUUGCGGAGCUGGAAAGCCAGCUGAACCCACUGGAAGAGGAGCUGCAGACCCAGGCUUGUAUCAUCGGAUCGACGCUGCGCGAGGUGGAGGACUUGUCGGUGGUGCAUCAGACCGAGACAGUCGCUUUGGUAGAGUCCCAUAACGCUUUCCUCGCAGGGAAGGAGGUGGCACUUCUUAGCGUACAAGAGGCUAAGGAGAGGAUUGAGGUGGAGCUAGCGGAACGCACCGCGGACGCGGCGCAGAUGAGGGCGGAGCUGGAGACCGCUCUUGGUAAGCUGGCAGCAGCCCAACGUGCUUUAGACCGACCGGGUUCACCUUCGUUGGUGCAUAACGACGUCUCAGUGGAGAACUCGUCUGUGGUGGAGUCGACCGGCCUACUACGGCCCACAGGGCCCAGUGAAGGCGACGGCGACGGCACCGACGCGUCGCUUCAGAUGGACGGGGCGAGCUCCCCCGGCAAAGGCGAGAGGGCGAAGAAUGACGAUGCAGAGGAUGCUGCAGAGUCGCCGACGGAGCUCGUGAACGUUCGAAAAUUGCAACAGUCGCUGAGCCGGAUGAGUCGAGAGCGCACGGCCCUCAAGCGCAAGCUAGAGCAUCGUGCUGAUGCCCUCUCAGAGAUGGAGAGCGAACUGGAGGCGGCGCUGCGGCUGGCGGCGCAGCGAGGCGCACAAGUGGAGGCACUCACCGCUGAGCUGGAGAGAGCCAAAGCCACUGACACCUCGGCACCAGCAGACGCGAAGACAGCAGGUGAGGACAAUUCCGGUGAGGAGGAGGCCGAUGCGGGGAGUUCACUCCAGUUGAUGGACUUUUCGGAGCUGGAGCGAUACGAGGACGAAGGGACGCUCUAUCCCGAUCCGGUAGACUUGUCUGAGUGGCUGCUGGGACACGCUGAAGGCUCCUCGGUGCGGUUCUCCACCUACGUGCAGCACCACCUCAGCGAAAACGAGCAGCUGCGCAUCGCAGCAGUCGGCCCUCUGUACCACAUCGGCUUUACCCUCCUCAAGAUGGAGGGGCUUGUGAAGCAGGAGGACGACCCAUUGUGCCUCCCCAUGCUGUGGCGCCGUUUUUUGCUCCAACUGCAACAAGUGUUGGACGUACAGCUGCAGGCCACAGUGCUGAGCCCCGCGGAUUCGGCGAAGUGCUUCUAUGCACUGGCGAGUAGUGUGGGCUUCUUCGGCAACCUUGCUAGUCCUCCUCGAGACCCGCUGACUGGGUACUCGCUAAUUAUCGCUGCCUUGUGCGUGUGUCUGCGUUCUCCCUCAGCGUCUACUUCGACGGAUAGCUCCUGCAAGUGGCAGUGCUGUCAAGCAAUACUGCGCCACGUAUCUCACUACGGGGACGGCAAGGCGGCGAGCCAAACGGGACGCAGCAUCGCCGAUGCCGACUCGCAGGCGCUGGACAGCCUGUUUCUUGCCUUGUGCGCUGAGUUCCCAGCAGCGACCGCAUUACACGAGGAGGAUGCAGGAGACGAGGGUGCGACUGCAAGCGCUGGGACAGCACCCGUGCCCCCGCCGUGCCCGAUUCGCCUCGCCGAGCUCCUCGCAAGCGACCUUCUGAGUGACCACCUCCCCAUAUCGCACUUGGCCUUAUGCGCUGCGGCUCUCGCUGACAUUGUUACCAGUAAUGUCGUAGCUAUCGAGGGCCAGCUUCCCGAAAGUUCACAGAUGGAAACCGCGAAGAUCGUUUCGGCGGCGCGGCCGCGUGUGAGCUUCGCACAGGAGCGUGGCGUCGCUCCGCUUCUGCUGUACGUGGCUCGCUACGAAUACCUUUUAUUUGGCUGGGCUCAAGAGAUUGGCGACGCCGCUGGCGAAGCUGACGGUGGCUCACCCAGCGGAGACGGAAACAGUACGGAUACUGCCUCCCUUACGCUAUCCUCACUUGGCGUCUCCGCGACAUGGCUGGCGUCGGCAACUGUUCAGAAGGCACCGUCUCGCUCAGCUGCAGUCUCUGCCCGUGCUACACUACUCACCGAGGUGGAAUCGAUCACGCAACUGCUCAUCUUCCUGUGUGCUGGACUUUUGCCGGCUCUCGUGCUUGCCGUUCACUGCUGUCCUUCACUGGAACGGGAGUCGCCGCUCAUCGAUGCCUUCUUUCGCACGCGCCGUUUACUCAUGGCGAAGCGGACCGCACUUCUCGCGAAGAACUCGACGGAGGUAUCUGCCGCCUCGGGGGUGAUACCAGGUGUUUCGCUGCUGCUACCCGAGGCCCAACUGCGCAAUCUUGUAAACGCUGCGCUGGCCCCCAUCAAGCACACCGCGCCCUUUCCAGAGCGAGCGGUGCAGGUGCCAGUGGCGGAGUACAAGCGACUGCACCACGAGCUUCUGUCCCUGUACGAAACAAACGACACGUAUCACCGAUACAUUCAAGAACUGCUGAGCGCGGCAGAGGCGGCAUAG